UUAAGUGAAAUGGGAAGCCUUGAAACCUCCAUGUUUGUAUCUUGAAAUUGCGAGCGGAGUCGAGCACCAUAUUGAAUCAAAGUUGCCAACUCCUUGACAAAUGUUUUUUAACUUUCAAACUUCAAAAGUCAGCGGUAACCAGAGCGGGCAUCGCCACGUGAAGUGUAAUGGACGCGCUGCGGGCGACUUGUUGCGGUGUUUCCCGGCGCGUCUAACUUCUGUUUUCGUGCAUGUUAAGUUCAUGCAGCGCCGAGUCGGAGAAACAAGCCCCAACUUUAAAGUGUGAGCUCAGUUCAGUGCGGACCAGACCUGGACGGGAUGGACAAUCCGUCCUCGAUCAUCACCCAAGUGAGCCGGGAUGAGGAGGGCGGCAGGGCUGCGGGGGAGAGAGGUUCUUCUCCCUCUCUGUCCUCCAAGAAGCCCCGGAGUGGAGGCCUGUUCUCCAGCCUGUUCUGCUGCUUGUGCCGGGACCAGCCUGAACCCCCACCGGUCAACAACAACGCCCCUCUCUUAGUGGAAGAAAAUGGAACUGUCUCCAAGAUCCAGGUGAAGCCACUGCUGCCUCCGGCCAAGUCAAAAGAUGCUGGAAAGAUCUGUGUGGUUAUAGAUCUGGAUGAGACGUUAGUUCACAGCUCUUUCAAGCCUGUGAACAAUGCAGAUUUCAUCAUUCCUGUGGAAAUCGAUGGAACAGUACACCAGGUGUAUGUCCUGAAGCGGCCGCAUGUGGAUGAGUUCCUGAAGAGGAUGGGGGAGCUGUUCGAGUGCGUCCUUUUCACUGCCAGCUUAGCCAAGUACGCGGACCCGGUCUCCGACCUCCUGGACAAGUGGGGAGCUUUCCGCUGCCGCCUCUUCAGGGAGUCCUGCGUCUUCCACCGAGGGAACUACGUCAAGGACCUGAGUCGGCUGGGGCGCGACCUCAACAAAGUCAUCAUAGUGGACAACUCCCCUGCCUCCUACAUCUUCCACCCUGAUAACGCGGUGCCGGUGGCUUCAUGGUUUGAUGACAUGUCCGACACCGAGCUGCUGGACCUCAUCCCGUUCUUUGAGAGGCUGAGCAAAGUAGAUAACGUCUACACGGUCCUCAAGCACCAAGGGACUGCCAGCUAAUGGCGCUCCGCUCUCAAUCUCAGCUUUCCGAACAAAACAAAUGGCGUACAACAAAAAAACAAAAAAAACAACAGGAAAUGCACACACCAGCGAGGCUCCAGCUCCAUCCAUCACUGCCCACCAGAACACAGGCUGCUUCACAGCUGGACAGAGCCCUCUCACCCUCACCGGUAGGAAAACCCAACUCCGGGUAAUCUUCAGCAACUUUGACGGCAUCGGCGCUGCCACCUCCUGGUCAGAGAUCUGGCCUCACCCCAACCAGCUGAUGUGAGUGAACGGAUGCAAGGAUGAAUGAAUGUUUAUUGACGUUUCUGCAGUGUCGCUGAACUUGCAGCAGAGUUCUGUAGCCAGCAAUCCUUUGGACACAGACUGAGUACUGGACGCAGGCUUUCCCAGCAGUCUGGGAGUGCAAGCUGAGUACGAGCUUGAGGGAAGUUGGACGAGAGUUCUGGAAAGGUUUAUGUGCAAAUGCACUUGAUCAGUCAUCAAAAGGGCGGAUGGUGUAUACUGUAUGUACUGUAGGUUGUAAAUGUUUUUUUUAAACAUUUUGGAAUUGCAACACACCCUUAUUUUGCUAUGAGUCACACUAUUUGUCAAAAGCAUGAGAUUUUAGAGUUUUUAGAGCCAUGUGAUCAGGUAUUUUUGAAUAAUGACAACAGUGUUACGGAUGAAUCAGAAUCUUUAAAAAAAAACUACAAUAUUUUAAAGUUGGUUUGGCUGUAUUGUGAGUAUGUAAUCAGGAGUUUUUUGAAAUCAGUAAAAAGGAAAAAAAAAGAUUGGAUGGCACUUUAUAGGUUUGAUAUGGAGUCUAUGGUGCAAAUACCCCUUUCACUGCAAGGUGUAAUUUGAAUUUAUCACAAUUUGUGCACAAAUUCAGUGACAUUGAAUUAGAAAAAUGAGGAUCUUUAUUUGCAAAUUUCAGGUGGAAAAAUUAAAACGAGAGGAAAUAAAUCUGUCAAAUAUUAUUUAUAAAAAAAAAAAGAAAAGAAUUAGUGAUCAGUUAUUCGCACCGAGAAUCAAUGAGCCACAAGGGGAAGGCAGGAGCUGCUCCUGAGCAUCUUCCCUGAAACCUGACACUAAUGCAUCACUGUCACACCAACUGCACAUGAAAGUGAAAGAGCAGCUGUGGAUGCUUGUUGGAUUUGGAUUUUUCAAAAGUGUUAUACAUCCAAAAUUAAGCAUACAUGCAAAUGUGUGUUAGGAGAGGCCAGUCAGGUGACUCCCGGAUUUAGAGGACCAGGACUGAGUUCUAAAACAAACGACAACAAAAAAACAAGAAAUCAGUCACUGUCAAUGUUGGAAUAAAAAUAUAGGGCUUCGGAAGUGUCUCAUUUGUUCCUUGCUUUAAAGCCACGCACAAACUGAACUUUUCACUGCCAAACACAGACUGUAUUUGAAUAAGAGAAAUGCAUUGGGUGCAAAGAAAAAGAAAAAGGCUACUGGUUGUUAUAACUUUCUUCCCGAAGCGGUACUCAUGGGCUGGAAACAGUUUUGUGACUUAGAGCAUAUCUUUGGAAGCAAAAAAAGAAAUACAAAAAUUCAAAUUUAAGGGAUAAACCCACCCUGAAACUCUUCAACACUAUCAAUAAGAAGGUAUUGGAUGCAAGUGCAGAUUUCAUCUCUAUCCUCCUGAAUCAUUUUUUGUUACAUGCAAUGUUGAUUCCAUAUUAUAGUGCAGCUACAGUAGCAUUUAAUAAACGUAAAACAAAAUCAGUAAAUGCAUUUUGCAUGUUUUUUUUUUUAACUAUUUAAACCACAACAAGCCAAUAAGUAAAAUGGAGCAGGACGCCUUGAGGCUUGUUUGUUCAAUGUUGUCGGAAAUGAAAGAAGCAGUAUUUUUCUUUCCUCUUUUUGCUUCUUCACAGCAACAUUUGGUCCUGUUGGAUAAAAAGCACCGUGCUUGACAGCCUUGCGUUAUCUUUCUCAUUUGCGUUGACAAUGCCCCGUGUUGACACUGAUGAAUGAAAACGGUGGGUUUGACUAAGAGCCUGGCUCACAGGCUUGUGAUGGAGCAGGGAUGACAAUUAAAUCCACCGCAUUAAGAGCUAUUGUAUUAUUUUUAUAUGUUAAACAAAUUCUUGUCAAUCCAACUAUCCUGUUUUUUUUUUUUUUUUUUUUAAAUAAUUACUGAUCAUAUUUCUGUAUUUUGCCCAGGAGUGGUCCUCUGAUAUAAUAUUUAUAGUAUGUUUUCCAACCGCCAACACGCUUGCUUUUUUCUUGCAAGACCAGGUUGGAUACCUCGUAUAUUAGUAAGUAGAAUAUGGAUCAGAAAUACCAGCAAAUGACUAAAAACAUAGUAUAUUACUGUUGUAGGCACAUAGCAGGGUUUGGAAAUGUGUACUUCAUGUAAGCCAUUAUCAUGUUUCAAUUAGUUUUAGUACCGAUGCUGUUUUGAAUUUAUUUUCCAAGAGAAGUAUUUAUAGGAACAGUCAGUCAUUUUGCCAUCUGAUUACAUUUAUGAGUAUUGUGUCACUGUGGGGGCCCAUUUGCUGAUACUGUACUUCUCACACAUUCAAUAGAUAUGUACAUGUUGUUUUGCACAGUAAUAAAGCAAACAAAUUUCAUUAAUAUAUGGAAUAUUCAUGUUACUGUACUCAUGAUUCAAUAGAUGUAACCUAAUUUUUUUUUUGACUUCUGUUUUAUCAUACCAAAUAAUGUAUGAACUGUAUGUAAUAAUGCCUUUUUUUUCUUUCCAUAAAUGCUAAAUGAAA